ACCGCUCAGUGCUGGUCGUGCAGUCGUCGCGUCUUUAUCCUUUUCACGCUUGGCUGAGUGAAAAGUCGACCACCGCGCGUACCGAUCAUCCGUUCGAAGUGAACGACGAUUCCAGACUGCGUGUAGUGUCGUCGCGAGCCGGUCACUGCACCGGCAGUAUUCACACGAGACGUCGCCGCGUCGAGGAGUCUGUCGUGGAGUUUUGGCGGCAGUGAAAAUCCGCGGCAGCUUUUCCCCCGGACUCUCUCCCUCUCUUUCUCGCUCUCGAUCAGUACUGACAAUCAAGGGGCGAAAAAAACGUUGCCGGCGCGGGUGACGUGAAGUGAGCCGCGGCGCUCCAAUUCGCAACAAGUUGCAGGAGUGCUUUCAAGUGAGUCUCAACGGAUUCUUCGCCUCCGUUUCUCCGUUCGCGAGUGUGUCGUUCGUUCGUUCGUUCGUUCGUUCGUUCGUUCGUUCGUGCGUGCGUGUGUGUUCGUGAUCCAGAGGAUUAAUGCGACGAUGAUCCCGUGAGGAGCCGCUGUCAAUCUCGACGAUGGCAAUCGGAUCUACGAGCCUGGCACGGACUGUGGCCAAGAAUAGCGAUCGUACUCGAUGGUUAUGUCGCACGCCGUGAUCGCGAUUCCGAAAGAUUCUUUCCAAGGUUCAACGAGGGAAGACCGGCGGCGACGGCGGCGGCGGGUCGAAUGAUAAGUUGAGGAGCGGAGGACGAGUUCAGUCGCGGCAAUGAGAGUUUGAGUCGCACGGGAAGUGCUUUCAAGAGUGCCUGGGUCCUGGUUCGCGCGCGUUUCGUCAGCGAAACAGAGUGAGAGGGAGAGAGGAGACGGAAGACGACGAGUGCUGUAAAAAGGAAGCUGAGAGAGGAGCGAGUGUGUGUGUCGCUGACACGCGCGCGCGCGCGAGUUGACGCGACGCGACGCGACGCGACGCGACGUGACGCGCGGCGUGACGUGACGUCGGGGCGUCGAGAUGCCUCGAGAUGAGAUGGCCACCCCCGUUGGAACCCUCGCGUCACUUCUCACGCUCCUGCUGUGUGCUUUCAGUAGCUGCCAUGCCAGGAUAACCAAUCAGGAAAUCGUGACAAUGACAGAUGCGGAAGCAGUGGCAGGCGGAAUUGCGCAGUUACCCUGCGACGUGAAACCGCCGCUCUCCGGGGACAAGCUGCACCUGGUUAUUUGGUACAAGGAGGAGGCGGACGCGCCGAUAUACAGUUUCGAUACGAGGGGAAGGGACAGCCUGGACCAAGGAAGCCACUGGCAGGAUCAGAACCUGGAGAGACGCGCAUUUUUCAAGCAUUCCGAGAGCCCCGCGAAACUCACCCUAGAAAAUGUUCGCGAAAGCGACGCGGCUGUUUACAGAUGCAGAGUCGACUUCAAGCAGUCACCGACGCGCAACAGCAAAGUCAAUCUAACGGUCAUCAUACCGCCGGAGCAACUUAGCAUAUUGGACGAAGACGGAGGGUCUCAUAUUCCCUAUUACAUCCUUGGCCCGUACACCGAGGGAGCGUCUCUCAAUAUCACGUGUGUCGCCGCCGGUGGCCGACCGCAACCACGAGUGACAUGGUGGCAGGAGAAUGCUCUACUAGACGACAGCUACGAGGCUGUCGGUACUAAAAGGGUCCGCAAUGUGCUGCGAUUGGAAAAGUUAGGCCGCGAGCAUUUGCAUGCGAUUCUAACUUGCCAAGCUUCAAACAACAAUAUGGUGACGCCGAUAUCAAGUUCGGUGUCAUUCGAUAUGAACUUGAAACCACUCUGGGUCCGGAUUCAAGGAGAAAUCCGUCCAUUUAGCGCUGGCAAGACCUACGAGAUAGGUUGCGAGGUCGUCGGAGCCAGGCCGGAGCCCAAGAUCACAUGGUCCAAAGGGAACAUGAUACUGCGAAAUGCGCGGCAGACGCAGACGAGUCCCGACGGCAACACAACAACCAGCAUCCUCACAUUCGUGCCGAAUAUCGAAGACGCCGGAAAGUUCCUGUACUGUCGCGCCAGCGUGCCAGUUAUUCCGGACUCGGAGAUGGAGGAUGGAUGGAAGCUCAAUAUAUACCACGAGCCUGUGGUUACCCUCGAGCUUGGCAGCAAUUUGAAUUCGAGCGCUAUUCGGGAAGGUAUCGACGUUUACUUCGAGUGCAACAUCAAGUCCAAUCCCUGGGUUUACAAGGUUUCCUGGCGCCAUAACGGCAACCCGCUGUAUCACAACGCGGCGACCGGAACGAUAAUAAGUAAUCAGAGCCUGGUGCUGCAGAGCGUCACUCGCAGCAGAGCUGGGAUUUACACGUGCAUCGGUAAUAAUCAAGAGGGCGACGGCGAGAGCAAUCCGCUGAACUUGGACAUAAAGUUCGUGCCGGUGUGCCAACACGGCCAGACGAAGGUAUUCGGCGUCGCGCGGCAGGAGACCGCGAGCAUCCCCUGCGAGCUGGAGGCGAACCCGCCGGAAGUAUCGUUCACCUGGAAAUUCAAUAAUACAAUGGAGGCAGUGGACAUACCUCAGGCACACGUCACGAGCGACCGUACACGCUCGAUAGCCUCCUACACACCGAUGACCGAGUUGGACUAUGGCACUCUCCUUUGCUGGGGCAGCAAUGACCAGGGCACUCAGCUCGAGCCCUGCGUCUACCAUAUCGUACCCGCUGGCCGGCCGGACACGCCGCACAACUGCUCCUUAUUGAACCAAACGACCGACUCGAUCUACGUGGAGUGCGUCGAGGGCUUCGACGGCGGGCUGCCGCAAAAGUUCACGAUGCAGGUAGACCGCGAGACCGGGCCCGGCAAGAGCGGCGGCUCCGGCGGCGCCGCCGCCGCCGCCUCCUCCUCCGCCUCCGCCGCCUCGACGACCGUCUACAACCAGACGAGCAAACUGCCGACCUUCUCCGUCAACAAUCUGGACCCCGGCAGCACCUACGAAGUUUCUAUUUACUCCACCAACGCCAAAGGUCGCAGCGAGACUGUGCACUUUCGCGCCACCACCCUGAAUCUCCCUGAGAGACGAACAGCAGGUGAAAUGCUGGCGCAACCACCCUCGCCGGAGAAUUGCACGAUUCGGGAGGAGAGCCGAACGACUGUGCGGGUGAGCUGCGCCGAGAGCGAGUACUUCGACGAAAACACCGCCACCUACGUACUGCAGGUCUUCGACGCCGACACCAGGCGACUGUUGGCGUCCACGACAAGCCUGACGCCGAGCAUGCUCGAGGUGACGAAUCUGCCGGCCGAGAGGAGCCAGUCCGGCCUGGUGCUGUCUCUUCGGGUCAUGACGGCGCAGGCGAUGAGCGACGCCACGGUCCUGCACAGCCUGCACUUUGCUCGGGAGGGUAAUACCCAGGAGCACCAGCGAUACCCAGCCCUAACGCCAGUUAUGUUGUCGCUGUCGGGUCCGCUGCUGGGCGCCGUGGUGGGAGCCGCAGCGGGGUUGCUCCUGGUGAUCUUCGUGAUCGUGAUGGCUGUCAAGCUGCGUUAUCGACCCCGAUCUCAGGAGGACAAGGAUUCUCAUGACGACGGCGGCAUGGCGAACCUGGCGGCGUCGGGGACCGGCGCCUCGUCCCCGCGUGACAAAUCGGCGACCUUGCCCCUCAACGCCGAUAGCAUCGAGAGUUUCGAGAAGGAUCCCGAUAUAAUACCGCACGCAAAUGAAAAUUCAUACGCGGAACUAUGCAAAGGAGCAUCACCGCGAUACGUGCUGCAGCAGCAACGCCCGGACGCGAACACCUUCACCGGUGCAAACAACCAGGGAUCCGAGCUAACAUACGCCGAGUUAACGCUCAGGGGAAACCGGCGGAUACCUCUAAAUUGCUACCAGCCCGUGCAAAUCUCCAGCAUCCAACGGCCCCAGCUGCUGCCCAUGUCGACUUUGACGCGCAGACAACCGAUCCAGGAGCCGACGAUUUACGCGCAAGUCGCCAGUCAUUCUAAACCGAUUUACGUGCCACCACCACACCCGUACAUGAAUCGUCCCAGCGACGAGAUCACGGCGGAGACGCCAUUGAUCGGACACGACAAUAAGAUCACUACGAUCAGCCAUUCGGGCAGCUCAAUCUGGCGCACCGACACGACGCCCUCUUCGAACGCACCGACGACAUGAUUUCAGCAAGCUGCACCGUAAUCCACGAUUCCAUUUAGCCCCCUGAACGUCUCUUAAUGUACACCCUCCCACUCCAUCCCUCCUCUUUCCCUUCUCUUCCCGCCUUACCUUUCCAAUCCCGCCCGCCCCUCCUCCAACUUUUUUCCUUCUAGGAGAAGAGGAACAAGAAGAAAAAAAUACAGAGUACACAUCGAUCCCACGUACGUGUUAAAUGCGAAGUUCUUCGAGGGAGGCGCCGCGGCCCCUCCGUCGGCGGAAAUUGUUACAGUAACUUCUUAUACUAUACGAGUGUUGAAUAGAAGAUUCGUUCGACGAUGAAAGUAAUUAACGAAAUCGCGCGGAGUAUAUUAUAUACGUAUACAUAGAGGAGAAAGAGAGAAAAAGAGAGAGUGUGCG